AUGUCCAAGGACUCACAGAAUGAGUUUUUGAGCAUUUCAGCUAAACUAGUUCUAAAAGGGAUUAUUGAUGAGAUCAAUGAAGAAAACAACGGUUUCUUUUCAUUAAUUGUUGAUGAAGCAAGAGAUGUUUCAACAAAAGAGCAAAUGUCUGUUUGUGUCAGAUACACAAACAAAACUAAACUGUUGGAACGAUUUUUGGGCUUUGUUGAGUUAACCAAGUUGUCAGCAAAGUCUCUCUUUUUGGAGAUAUCACAAUUUUUGGAAAACAGUGGUUUGAAUAUUAUAAAGUGCAUCGGCCAGGCUUACAACGGUGCUUCAGUUAUAAGUGGCCAUUUGACUGGAGUGAAUGUUUUGGUGAGAGAAGUAGCCGAAAAUCCGUGUGUUUAUGUUCAUUGUUAUGCACAUAGGUUAAAUUUGAUUUUGAUAGACACGGCUAAAAAUGUGAAGUUAGUUGAUGAUACGUUAGGAUUACUAGAAGCAAUUUAUGCUUUCCAGUCAGCUCCUACUCUGAGACACCAAAAAUUCAGGGAUGCUCAAGAAAGGGAAGAUCCAAAGAAACGAAUUUUUGAAAUGCCACAGCAAAGUGACACUCGGUGGGUGAGCAAGUACAAGGGAGUCAUGUACUUCAAAAAUAAUUUCUUGUCUGUUUUAUCAGUUUUAGAUAGUUUUACCACCUCUUCUAAUAAAAUGGAAGCUGCCUCUGCUAAAGGGUUUCUGAUGCAACUGAAAGAAUUUGACGUUAUUUUCGCCCUUCAUUUUCUAGGUGAGAUUCUCCACUUUUCUAACACAGUGUCAACAUCUUUGCAAAAGGAAGAUUUGCUGAUGGGAUCAGCUGUAAAAAUAAUCGAUGGUUUGAAAAAAACACUAGAAAAUAGGAGGACGGAAUCAUUUUUCAAUGAAUGUUGGGAAAAGGCCAGUUCUUUGGCAAACAAAAUGGGAAUCACAGUACCAUGUAAUGAAGAAGCUACGAGUUCUAAACGGUUGCAAAAAAUCUCAUCAAAGUUCAGUGGCAGCAUAGUAAUGUCACCCACAGGCCAGAGAGACCAUUUGCAAAAGGCAUCUUUCAAGAAGAUUAUGUUUGAAAUGAUUGACCAUAUGAAGUCAGAACUUGAACGACGGUUCAUCGACAAUUCAUGUAUGUUCGAUGCCUUUGAAUGUCUGAACCCCACAAGCACAGAAUUUAUGUCUUGGGAGUCAAUACACGCUUUUACCGAGCUAUACAGUAAGUUUGUUGAUGAAGGGACAGCUAUUAAGUACGAGAUGGAGUUAGCAAAACAAGGAUCUGUCACAGCCUUUGCCGACGACACAGCACUGAGUUACAGUGCGGAUGAUAGGGGUCAGUUGGCUCAGAUGAUUAGUGAAGAUUUGAAGAAAUUGAAUUUAUGGCUGCAGCGCAUGCGCAAUGACGUCAUUGAUGACGUCAUUAUACUAAGAAUAUUUCGUCCAGUGCGCAUGACUACUAUUUCUAUUUCGGCCAUCUGCGCAUGCCCGGUGACGUCAAAAUGA